AACGCGAGGAAGUGAAGGCGACUCAAUUGGGUAUAAAGCAUCAGCCAACAUCUGCCCCGAGCAGUGCGGAGCUGAUGAAAACAUCAGCUCGGAGCUCAACGCAGGACCUCUUUUGCGCUUUAUUUUCAUUUAUCUUGGAUUUAUCGCAGUCGGUGCACCCUGGGAGACGCAUCUCUCUCUCUUUUUUUUCUCGAGCGCUUAAAGUGAAUGUGACUCAACAGCAAACAUUAUACUGGAAUUAACUGAGGCCAACAGAUAUUUAAGCGCACCUGUUACCUCCACGGAGCGCAAUAUCAUGAUCCCUCCGGGAGACUGCAUGUAUGCGGGCAGAAAGAGGAGGAAGCCCAUCCAAAAACAGAAGCCGUCGUCUUCCAAUGAGAAAACCAACCCGUCCAAGCGGCACCGGGACAGGCUGAACGCUGAACUGGACCGGCUGGCCAGUCUGCUGCCGUUCCCGCCGGAUGUGAUCUCUAAGCUGGACAAGCUGUCAGUGCUGCGCCUUGCAGUUUCCUACCUCCGCGUCAAGAGUUUCUUCCAAGCGAGUCAAGAGAAGAUCUCCAGGAAGCACAACAUCAGCACACCAUCCUCUAACCCUGAACCCAGGAAAGAGAGCAUUCCACUGGGCAACGGCGUCAAUGAAAGCAGCCUCCUGCUGGAAUCUCUGACAGGCUUUGCCCUGGUGGUGAGCAGCGAUGGGAUGGUCUUCUAUGCUUCCUCCACCAUCGUGGACUAUCUGGGAUUUCAUCAGACUGACGUGAUGCACCAGAAUGUGUUCGACUACAUCCACAUAGACGACCGUCAGGAGUUCAGACGCCAGCUGCACUGGGCCAUGUGUCCUCCACAGCACCAGGGGACGUCAGCGAACCAGGACACCCAGCUGGCUGCAGGAACUGGUGAAGACUUCGUAGUGAGCAGCCUGUUCCAUUCACAGGAGGCCGGGGAAAUCCCUUCUGAGCUCUCCUGCUUUCUCAACAGAUGUUUCAUAGCCAGAGUUCGAUGCCUCUUGGACAGCACCUCUGGAUUCCUGACUAUGCAGUUCCAGGGUCGGUUAAAGUUCCUCCAUGGCCAGAAGAAGAAGUCAGCGUCUGGGGCUCUAAUGCCUCCUCAGCUGGCUCUGUUCUGCAUAGCGGUGCCACUCUUACUGCCCUCCAUCACCGAGAUGAAAAUGAAGAACAUGUUAAUGCGGGGGAAGACCAAGGGGGGAGGAGGAGGGAUUAUCUCUGCGCUGGAGCACGGCGAGCGUGGGGAACACCUCCGGAGACACUCCUACAGUGGAGGGAUGGGUGACAUUGCGGACCCGCUCCUCCUCUCCUGUCCCACGCCCGGCGCUACCCAGAGAGGUCACCACACUCCCUGGACCCCGCUCUCCAAAGACAACCUCAAGUACCGCCCUGAUGGUUACUACAACCAAGAGGAGCCCCUCAACUACUGCAAGUCCUCCAUGGCUCCACCUAAGGGUCUCAGCCCAGGCCUGGGCGGCGGGUGGCCCCUGCGGCAGAACUCAGGUCCCCUCAGAGCGGGUCAGGGUGUCGGCUACAUCCCCUCUAACCGCAUGAACAAGACGGGCCAGUACGGGAAGCCGUAUCGCCUUUCCCCGAGCUGUCACAGCGGCAGAGGCGGCGAGGUGUUUGUCUCCAGGCUCUACGGGAACGUCCAGAUUCCCUCGGACCCAGACGCCUACUGUGUGGAUCUGGUGAAGAGCGAGAACGGCUACGGAGAAUGCUACGAUGGCCACCUUAUGUCCGAGAUGCCACCAAUCAAAGUAGAGCACGACUCGGACUCCGAGAACGGCUGCGACGCGUACGGACGACCCUGGGGUUGCCGCGACCCAGCUGCUAUCGACCGGCGCUACGGUAACGGGGUGUACGACCCAAACUCUGGCCUGCAACUCAAAUCCGAGGCAGAUUAUUACGACCCUCAGUACUCGCCCUGCCAGCGAGGGAAAGCUGGAAUCAGUCCACCGUACAACAACGGCAACUACCAGAACUAUGCAGUCAACAACGGCGGCAACAACUCCGCGCGUCUCUUAAAGUGUGACAAAGACUUGGGGAAUAACAACGACUCCAGCCAGUUCAGUCCUCAGAGACUCUCUCACUCAGACUCUCUAUGCAGCAACCAACCCGUCAACCUCAUGGACUCACACGUGUAUUCACAGGACCCGCACAAGGCCUACAUGCACCCGGACUACAACAAGCAUGGCACUUACGAGUUCAAAGGUCACGGUCUGAUCCAUUCGAUCAAGCGCGAACCCAUGGACUCCCCGCCGUGGUCUGAGAGCGGCCACGACAUGAACCAGUCCAUGAUGGUUGGUCCAAGGAACGUUAUGCCCUGUGUCAUGAGCACGGGGCACCACAAGUCCAGCCCCUACAUUUAUAUGCCCUGAGAGUGAUUGGCGCAUUACCUUACACACAAACACAACCGCAGAUACUGACCUGCCUCCCCCGUCCCCCCCGAGACCCACUCCACACACACACACGCACAAACAAAUCAGUGUGCAUUAAAGUCCUUGGUCUUAUCGUCUUCAUACACAUGCACCAGCAUUACAAGAGUUUCUGCUUACAAGGAUUCCCAGGAUGUCAAGUACUUCUUCUGUUUGAUGAAGAGGUCACAAACAAGGCUCAGGUUCUAGUGUCAGUGUUGUGACAAUCAGAAAUAAUACUUUCAAAUCCAGUUUAUGGAUAGAUGAUGUUGUUUUUAAGGAAUACAUUUUGUAGUUGGUUCCAAGCACUUUUGGAUUUUAGUGACAAUGAGACAGAUUAUGUCUAGAAACACAAUUCUAUUUUUGUUUUCUAUGUUGUGCACUCCUGGUUUUUUUUUUUUUUUUUUGUGGGAGUAACAAAGAUUUUGCUGUAAAAAGAUGUUUUGUUUUGUAUUUUUACUUUGUACACAGGAGAUGACUUUCACCUACUGCUGGGCUUAUUGGAGUGAGAUGGCUGAUUUUGAGAACAUCUUUAGGAGUCAGUGAUAACAGCUUAAAGAACAACUGGUGGUUUUGCAUGUUUUAGUGCUUUAACUAUAGAUACCUUUGUCAUUACUGCCUCUAGUGAUGUAUGAAUGGAAACUGCUGGUUUCUAUGCAUUGUAGAAUCGAAUUAAAUCAACUUGCAGAGACUUGAAACUUACUUGUAAUCCAUCAGCAGUUUAAAAAAAGAAAAAAAAAGUUGAUCAAAGUUCGAUCACUGUUGCGACCAGGAUCUGCUUUGAAAACACUCCUCGUUCAUGCACUCAAGGACACUUUAAUGCAUGACACAACCAAAUUCACAUCAUCCUUUUCCUUGCAACAUGCUGAUUUGCUUAGUGUUUGCAUUCUGAAUUAGAUUUUCCAACAGCACAUCUACCAACGCAGUGCUUUUGUCGGAGCAGCCUUGAACAUACCCCUAAUGACAGUUUUGAAAACGGUCCCUGCUUUGCUGCAGAAGCAGGCAGAAAACUUCACCGCAGUCACAAACAAUUCGCAGUUAAUGGACCAAAACAUGUAAAACUAUCAGUCGGGCAAAAGCUUUAAGUAUAUUUGUUGAAUACACUAGAAACGGCGUCAUCACACGUGUCCUACUGAAGCAAGGCACUAAUUAAUAACUUGUGCUGCUCUGAGCUUACUCUGCAGCUCUGACCUCCUUUGUGGAAGGGAUAGAAGCAAAUUCAGAGCGCACGAGAUGAAAGUUACUGAUUGAGAAGAAAGACACAGUUAACUGCAUUCAAUUGAACUGAUAGGUGAAAACAACUUGCUGGAAUUGCCCUUUAAAUUGCAGGGCAGGUGAAGAGGAAGAUGUUCUGCACCAGUCUGUUUAUACUUACUAUCAGUUAAAUGUUCAGACGAGAUAGAUGUGUUAGUUUGAAGCAAACAUUUUACAAAGUUUGAAUUUGAGUCUUCUUUCGAUGUGCACAAUAAAGUCAUCAUUUUAGGUCAUGGAACUCCUGUUUGAACAUACAAUGUUAAUUUAUGUCCAGGCUAAUAUUGUACAGUUUAGAUUAGUGUUUAAGACGAGAUCAGCAUUUCAACUCAGCCUCACAUCUCACUGCCGCUAUGACACAUUUCCUUUGAAAUGAAUAUACACUUUUACAUGUCGUCUUUUCAGUCCAAAAACAUCAGACGUUGUCCUCACAUCAGUAUUUUUGCACAAAUGAACGAAAAGCACCAAAUUGAUUCAAUGUCAGUCUCAGUUCUAUGAAGCUACCGUUGUAGUUUCUAAAUUGCACUACUGGGAGUAGUUCAAUUGAAGUUCAGCCUACCCAGACAGGUUUCUUGAGUCGACACGCACAACUGUACAUGGUGUCACUGUUUUGGAUUUGUCUUUUUCUCUGUGUGUGUGUUCAUUUCAGUAAAUGUUUGAUGAUUCGUAUUUAUUGUAAGAGGCAAAAGUGUAUAAUUUAAAAACUACAGUUUGAAGGCUUUUCUGUUUUACUAACGUGAAUAAAUAUGGCUUUUUUUUUUCUUGCUAUCUUUUUGAUAAUUGUUGAAAAGACCGUCAUACUCGUCUCAUGGAGGAGGUAGCUGCAAGGUAGCGAACACAGUGUAUAUAUGCAGUGUCUUCCAAUGUUUCUACGUGUUUUUGCAAAUGGGACUUAUCUAUUAAAAGAUCUUUCUUUAUAUGGAAA